AUGGCCUCGGAGUCGGUGAAGGUGGUAGUGCGCUGCCGCCCCAUGAACCAGCGAGAGCGGGAGCUGCGCUGUCAGCCAGUGGUGACGGUGGACUGCGCGCGUGGCCAGUGCUUCAUCCAGAACCCAGGCGCCGCCGACGAGCCCCCCAAGCAGUUCACCUUCGACGGCGCUUAUUACAUGGACCACUUCACUGAGCAGAUCUACAACGAGAUUGCCUACCCGCUGGUGGAGGGUGUCACUGAAGGCUACAACGGUACCAUCUUUGCCUAUGGCCAGACGGGCAGCGGGAAGUCCUUCACCAUGCAGGGCCUGCCGGACCCUUCCUCCCAGAGGGGCAUCAUCCCCAGGGCCUUUGAGCACAUUUUUGAGAGCGUCCAGUGUGCUGAGGACACCAAAUUCCUGGUCCGGGCCUCCUACCUGGAGAUCUACAAUGAAGACGUACGUGACCUGCUAGGGGCUGACACCAAGCAGAAGCUGGAGCUGAAGGAGCACCCUGAGAAGGGCGUGUAUGUGAAGGGGCUGUCAAUGCACACGGUGCACAGCGUGGCCCAGUGUGAGCGCAUCAUGGAGACGGGCUGGAAGAACCGCUCAGUUGGCUACACCCUGAUGAACAAGGACUCCUCCCGCUCACACUCCAUCUUCACCAUCAGCAUUGAGAUCUAUGCUGUGGAUGAGCGGGGCAAGGAUCAUCUCCGGGCGGGCAAACUGAACCUGGUGGACCUGGCAGGCAGUGAACGGCAGUCCAAGACAGGCGCCACAGGGGAGCGACUCAAGGAGGCCACCAAGAUCAACCUGUCACUGUCAGCGCUGGGCAAUGUCAUCUCGGCCCUGGUGGACGGGCGCUGCAGACACAUCCCCUAUCGGGACUCAAAGUUAACACGGCUACUUCAGGACUCACUGGGUGGCAACACCAAGACACUGAUGGUGGCCUGCCUGUCACCCGCUGACAACAACUACGAUGAGACACUCAGCACGCUGCGCUACGCAAACCGAGCCAAAAACAUCAAGAACAAGCCACGCAUCAAUGAGGACCCCAAGGAUGCUCUUCUGCGCGAGUACCAGGAGGAGAUCAAGAGGCUCAAGGCCAUUCUGGCCCAGCAGAUGAGCCCCGGCAGCCUGUCAGCCCUGCUGUCCAGCCAGGUGCCUCUAAACCCUGUCCAGUGUGAGGAGAAGCCACUGCCCCCACCUGUGAUCCAGCAUGACACAGAGGCAGAGAAGCAGCUGAUCCGGGAGGAGUACGAGGAGCGUCUGGCCCGGCUGAAGGCCGACUACGAGGCAGAGCAGGAGUCCCGGGUCCGGCUGGAGGAGGACAUCACUGCCAUGCGCAACUCUUACGAUGUGAAGCUGUCCACGCUGGAGGAGAACCUGCGGAAGGAAGCAGAGGCUAUCCUGAAGGCGGAAGUACUCUACAAAGCCGAGGUCAUGUCCAGGGCUGAGUUUGCCAACAGGUGCGAGUACUCACCUGCUUUCCAGUGCGAGGCAGGCUUUCAACCGGAGCCCAUGUCCGUGCCCGGUCCUCAGCCCCAAGCAGAGGUCUCCCAGUCUGCGAGUUCUUCCCAGCUGGAUGAGCCACCCAAGCUGCAGAGCUCCAAGUCUGAGAUUUCGCUCACAUCUGAUGAGUCAUCCACGCUCGAGGAAGUGUCCGUGUCCGAGGCCUUCCCUGGGCCCGAUGAGCCCUCCAGCCUGGAAUUCUCCAUGCCCGAGGAGGAGUCCAAGAGCAAGUACUUCUCAGAAGAGUGUCUCAGCCAUGCAGCCACCAGGCCUCUGCCAGAAGACGUGUGCUACCCCCAGGAAGAGGAACCAGAACUGACGCCCCUGGAGCUGCUGCCAGGCCUGCAGGACCCAUUUGCUGAGCUGGAAGCCAAGCUGGCCAGGCUCUCCUCCACUGUGGCCAGGGCAGAUGUACCCCAGGAGGACAUACCCAAGGUCCCCGAGCAGGUCCCUUCCCUGACAGAUCUGCGGCAGCCCGGUGAGCCCAGUUCUGAAGCCAAGGCCCCAUUGUGAUUUCUCCCUGCUCAGGAGGCUGAUCUAGCCCUGGAAGUGACCAAGGAGGUGGUGCCAGCAGCAGAUCCUGGUGUGGAGGAGGUCGAAGCUGAGGUCCAGGUGGCCUUGGUGGCCCCAGCGCAGCCCCAGCUGGCUCUGGGAGACACGAGGCAGGAGAGCAAGGACGUGGACGUGGCAGCGCCACCUGCCAUAGAUCAGCAGCAGGUGCUCGCCCGCUUGCAACUGUUGGAGCAGCAGGUGGUGGGCGGGGAGCAGGCCAAGAAUAAGGACCUAAAGGAGAAGCACAAGCGGCGGAAGCGGUAUGCUGACGAGCGCAAAAAGCAGCUGGUGGCAGCCCUGCAGAACUCCGAGGAGGAUGGUGGGGAUUGGAUGCUGCUUAACGUCUAUGACUCCAUCCAGGAGGAAGUGAGGGCCAAGAGCAAGCUGCUGGAGAAGAUGCAGAAGAAGCUUCGGGCAGCAGAGGUGGAGAUCAAAGAUCUGCAGUCGGAGUUCGAGCUGGAGAAGAUCGAUUACUUGGCCACCAUCCGCAGGCAGGAACGUGACUUCAUGCUUUUCCAGCAGCUGCUGGAGCAGGUGCAGCCCCUGAUUCGCCGAGACUGUAACUACAGCAACCUGGAGAAGAUCAAGCGCGAGUCCUCCUGGGAUGAGGAUAGUGGCUUCUGGAAGAUCCCUGAGCCUGUCAUCAACAAAACCUGCCUCCCAGUAGUUCCAACAGGGCCAGCGAACAAACCAGUCCGCAAAACUUCUGCAGCAGACAAUGGUGAACCAGGCAUGGAAGAAGACCGCUACAAGCUGAUGCUCAGUCGGAGCGACAGUGAAAACAUUGCCAGUAACUACUUCCGACCCAAGAGGGCCAGCCAGAUCCUCAGCACGGACCCCAUGAAGAGCCUCACUCAUCACAACUCACCACCAGGCCUCAGCUCCCCCCUCAGCAGCAGUUCUGCCAUCUUGCCCACCCAGGCCCCCGAAAUGCCCCAGCCCCGACCCUUCCGCCUCGAGUCCCUUGACAUCCCCUUCACCAAGGCCAAGCGCAAGAAAAGCAAAAGCAACUUUGGUAGUGAGCCUCUGUGA